AUGGGAGGUGCUGCUUAUCACUCCCAAAAUCUCUGCUCACCGGAGGACGGGACACUCUGGAGCUGCACGCACACAAUGGACUAAAGCUCCCGGAGAUUGAUCAAUAUUUUCAGCUGUGAAACCCUGCCUUACAAAUAAGUGACUUCCUUUGGGACAUAUUUCAAGUCUCUGGACGCUCAGCUCUCUUCAGAUCUCCAGGUAUGAUUCAGAGGAACGAGGUCGUGCUGUCUGUUUUGGGAGAGCUCCAGGAGGCCACGGAGAGCUCUGGCUUGGAUGCUCUGACCAGAGUGGCGCUGGAAGUGGACCAGAUCCUCGCUCCCUUCCAGCUCCCAAGGGCCCCCUGUCAGGAUUUCCCUGAGUGGGCAGGUGUGGACGACACAGCUCAUGGCCUGUACCCGGCUGAUGCACCUGGAGGCCUCCUCCCCCUUAACUGCAAGGGAGAGGGAAACUUACUGUUUGAUGCAGUUAGCAUGCUGUUAGCGGGCAACACAGGGCUUAGCUUGGAGCUACAGGUGCGGACCGUAGUGGAAAUGGUGCUGUGGAAGCGAUACUACCUGUCUGGAAUGAUUGAUUCUAAAAUGAUGCUCCAGGCAGUUCGCUUCAGUCUCUGUGCUGAAGAAUCCGAGGACAUGCUCAACCUGCCUGUCACUGUCUUGGAGGCCAUCUUUGAUGCAGAUGUCAAAGCGUCCUGCUUUCCUGGCUCCUACGCCAACAUGUGGCACGUUUACGCCCUUUCAUCAGUUCUACAGUUUAAUAUCUACUCCAUCUAUCCCAUGUUCAACCUCAAGAUUCGACCCUACUUCAACCGAGUCAUACGUCCAAGGACUUGGCCCAAAGACUCUGAGCCACUAACCCUUCACAUCAUGUGGUCGGGUGAGCUGCAGUCUGAGGAUUUGUUCAGGCCAAAUAAUUUUGUCGCUCUAGCCCAGACCAGAGACCUCACGUUUGGAAGUCCCGACAGCGAGCAGGGGGCAUCGCCCAUUAAGAGUGACAAGCUGCUGAACCAGGACUCGCAGCUUUCUUACCCGAGUCUAAAGGACAAGUACAACAUCACCAAGAGGACCUUCUACCGCUGGAAGAGGCAGACACAGGAGCACUGCAAAAAGUCCGCUGCCCGGUAUGAGGCGAAGUAUUUCCUGCAGGCUUGCUACUUGGAGGGAAAGCUCAUCCCUCUGCACCAGUUUAAGGAAUUUUUCCCUGAGAUCUCGCGCUCGUCUUACUAUAACUGGAAGCAUGAGCUACUGAAAUCUGGAGGAAACUUCUCCACCUCAUCUUCAACUGGAGAGAUUAGUCCUGGAGAGAGCACGGAGCAGGAGGCCUGGUCUUCACCCGAAGGAAAGCAGGAUGAACCUGACCACCAUGACAGCGUGGCCAGUAUGUUUGGCCUCAGCCUUGGCAAGCUGGAUCUAGAGCGGGCCCAGAAUGUAACACACAUGCAGGAAGCUAAGCGCUGUCUGCAGAAUUGCAUUGCCAUGAAUGCCUCCCUCCCCUUCAGGGUCUUCAAAAGAAAUUUCCCAGGGAUCUCCAGGUCAACCUACUACAACUGGAGGAGAGAAGCCAUGCUGUUCAACAGAGGUUACAAAGGCAGUGUUGGCAGCAGUGAGGACAGCUCAGAUGCUGACAAGAGCCAAAGUCCGAAAAGUCUGUCACCAGUCCUGCCUAACAUCAACCAGCCUGUCAUGCCCAGAAUGAGAAUCUGCAGGCGAAAACACAGAAGUUUCAGGCUGGCAUACAUGAGUAAAAAACAGCUCAGAGAUGCUGCAAAGCUGCAUGUAGUGAAAUCAAAGUGGUCCCUGACAAAGUUCAAGCUCAAGUUUCCGUCCAUGUCCCCUUGUUUCUACUGGCUGUGGCGUAGCAGGCAAAACCGUAAGAAGAAAAUGGUCACCCAGAGUGCCGAUGUCCUCCGUGAGAGUCUGGAGUGCACUGCGACAGAAACCAAGAUUAUCGAGGGGAGGAUGGAGAAUCAGUCUAUGCUCCCAUUUGUCGAGAGCCCUAGAUAUCUAGAGAGCACCACCAUGCCCUCUUUUGAUGCCCCAGAUUCAAAGCACACCCUUUAUGGCAAGGCACCAAUAGACGAGCAGAUGUUUGCAAUGGAUGUUGUGGCUCUGGCCAACUUCAAGGCCAAGGCUAAGCUAUUCUUGCAACAACGGUUUGAGGAAAAAUCCUUCCCUACAUUUAAAGAAUUCAGGUCUUACUUCCCCUUCACCCCCCGCUCGACAUACUACAUGUGGAAGCGAGCCUUGCAUCACGGGGUGUCACUGGUUCAUGGAUAAGUGCACAAAGCUUUUAACCUUUAAAAAUGGGCUUUCGGAAGCAAUAUAUUAGCUUUGUUGAAGAACUUCUCUUCCCCAAAAACUUCAUAUUCAUCUCUUUGCUACUGCAUUUGGCCGUAAACUCACUACCUACACGCUGUUGACUUCAUGUUUCCAUGUUCUGUAAGAAUGUUAAGUACACUGGCUUAACAUAUAAAUACAUUGUGUCCUUCCUCUGCUCCACCGCCACAGCUCAUUCCUCCCUCCAAGGAAAGAAACUGAGUCGUGGGUCCGUUUAAACCCUGCAUGUUGCCCUCCAGGCAAAAGGCAGUUCAAAGCUGUUGUUUAGUGGAAUUGUUUCAAGCUGUUUCUUCUCAGAUGUCUUUUAAUGCCUGCUGACUAUUGUACUUGGGGCCCUUUAUUUUUUUUAAUUUUCAUCUUUAUAUGAUUGUUAAUGCUUAAAUGUAUGCUUUUUUUUGUUGAUGCAUGUAAUACUAACCUGGAUUCUUGGUGGUUUCAAGUUUUUUGAUUCGUUGAAUGUAAAGAGCAGCCAGUAGUGGAUUUCAGAGAUGACUUCUUGUCCAGACAUCCUAUGUAAACAGGGCUUCUGUCCAUUUUUCAUAUUACUCCUUUUUUAUUAUUGAAUGUACACCUCAGGGUCUCACUUGGUGCACUGAAGGUUUAGAUGGCUGUAUCAAGGUUUUGGCAUUUUAAGAUGCCUCUCUCUUCUGAUAUGGAACACUAUAAACUGUGAGUUUUGUCACACUGCAUUUGCACUAAAAUGGUUCCAAUUACACUGAAUGUAUUUUUUUUAACCAUUUUGCACACUCUGGUUAACUGAAAACUGAAUAUAAAAGAAGAUAUUUUAUUUUUUGUACACUCAUUCCAAAACUACCUAUUUCCCUAAAAUACUGGGGAAAAUAUGCGUUUAUAAGCUACUUUUGUCUUCUGUUUUGAUGUAAAUGAAGUUCCAUUCCAGUUCUCUCCACACAGACAGAUAUGUUUUGCAAAACUGCCACUGUAAUAUCCCUGAAUAAUAGAUUUCACCUUACAGUUGUACUUUAUGUAUUUAUUUUUCUUAUUCACCACAUCUGAAAUUGGUACUGUUGAUACUGGCAGCCUGCAUUACGCUCAGUCAGUAGGUGGGGCAGUCUGUACUGGCUGUAUGUCAAUAAACUAUUGAUCAGCAUCAA